AAUGAGUCCCAGCGAGCUUUGGCUCUGGUAAAGGAACAUCUACCCAAAAUGUCGCCCUUGAACGCGAUACUCAAGCUCGACAUCGGCCUAGAGUCCGGACCUCUCUACCUCGACGCCCGCUCAGAACCCGUCUUAACCUCUUCUCAUGACGAAGAACCAGCCUGCAGCGUCAAAAUCAAACCAGAAUACAUCAAACAAUUCGUAGAAGGCAAGCUCGAACCUCGCUACGGACUCUUCAAAGACGGAUUCUUCGACGAAACCACACUUCCAAAGGGCGAUAUCAAAACCGCCGUAAAAUUCGCCGACUACCUCUGCCCAGUCGAUCGAACCAACCUCCCUUCAGCCCCAUCCUCUGAAAAGCUCCCCAAACCUACUCAAGACAUCGAACAAGCCCUCUCCGACGUCAAGAAAUGGGGAUACGGCCUCGUCUCCAACGCCCUAACUCCCGACGAAAUCUCGACCCUCCGUUCCGCACUCCAACAACAAGCCGCCGGCGAAAUCAACGCCGGAGUCUCAAAGCACGACGGCGGUCCCAAAGCCAGUCGAUUAUGGCAUGCUACUGGGCCGAACCGGAUGAGCGAGGGUGAGAGACCUGUGAUUUUGAUGUUUUUUAUGCGGAGUUUUGUUCGGCAGCAAGAGAAUAAUUUUCUGUCGAUUCGACCGGAGGUUGAGGCGGGGAUGUCGGAUAAGGUGAGGAGGAUGUUGGGGUUUGUUACGAACGGAGCUUUUGGGGGUGUUGAGGGGGAGGUUAGAGAGGGGAUUUUUGUUAGGAGGUUGGAGAAUGCGGUUGGGAUGUUUAGA